GAGAGCUGACGAGUGGGUCAGACAGAGACAGACGGUCUACCUGGUCAUGGAUCUCCUGCUGAUGCUGUUGCUGUUGCUGUGGAGCUCAGGACUCCAGGCUGAAGAUGAACACCAAUCAACAGAUCUUGUCAGGUUGGUGGGAGGAGCCAGUCGCUGUGCAGGUACACUGGAGGUGAAACUGGGAGAGUGGAGACCAGUGAGCUCCUCUGACUGGACCCUGAAGAAAGCAGCUGUUGCCUGCAGAGAAUUGGACUGUGGCUCUGCUGUUUCAACAGGAAGCAGAAAUGAGUCCUCAGACAGACCUGUAUGGAGGAUCGACCCUGACUGUCUUCAGUCUGGAUCUACACUGAGGGACUGUGCAUUAUCAUAUUCCUCUUCCUCCAUAGUGGUGGAGCUCACCUGCUCAGACUCUGUCAGGCUGGUGAAUGGGGCUAGUCUGUGUUCAGGCAGACUGGAGGUGAAGUCUGAGCAGUCGUGGUCCUCAGUGUGUGAAGCUGACUUUGACCAGCAGGAUGCAGAGGUGGUCUGUAGGGAGCUUGGCUGUGGGACUCCUUCAGUCCUCCAGGGGGCGCUCUAUGGAGAAGUGGAGGCUCCAAUGUGGACCAAAGAGUUCCAGUGUGGAGGCAAUGAGUCUGCUCUCCUGGACUGUAGAAGAUCAGACUCAACUAGAAGAACCUGCUCACCUGGUAAAGCUGUUGGACUCACCUGCUCAGAGCCUUUCAGGUUGGUGGGAGGAGCCAGUCGGUGUGCAGGUAGACUGGAGGUGAAACAGGGAGAGUGGAGACCAUUGAGAGACUAUGACGGGACCCCGAAGGAUGCAGCUGUUGCCUGCAGAGAAUUGGACUGUGGUUCUGCUGUUUCAACAGGAAGCAGAAAUGAGUCCUCAGUCAGACCUGCAUGGGAGAUCAGACCUAACUGUCUUCAGGCUGGAUCUGCACUGAGGGAAUGUGUAUCAUCACAUUCCUCUUCCUCCAUGGUGGAGCUCACCUGCUCAGACUCUGUCAGGCUGGUGAAUGGGACUAGUCUGUGUUCAGGCAGACUGGAGGUGAAGUCUGAGCAGUCGUGGUCCUCAGUGUGUGAAGCUGACUUUGACCAGCAGGAUGCAGAGGUGGUCUGUAGGGAGCUUGGCUGUGGGGCUCCUUCAGUCCUCCAGGGGGCGCUCUAUGGAGAAGUGGAGGCUCCAAUGUGGACCAAAGAGUUCCAGUGUGGAGGCAAUGAGUCUGCUCUCCUGGACUGUAGAAGAUCAGACUCAGCUAGAAGAACCUGCUCACCUGGUAAAGCUGUUGGACUCACCUGCUCACCAGAGAGUGUCAGGUUGGUGGGAGGAGCCAGUCGCUGUGCAGGUACACUGGAGGUGAAACAGGGAGAGUGGAGACCAGUGACUUACAAUGUCUUUCGCUGGACCCUGAAGGAAGCAGCUGUUGCCUGCAGAGAAUUGGACUGUGGCUCUGCUGUUUCAACAGGAAGCAGAAAGGAGUCCUCAGACAGACCUGCAUGGUGGAUCAGAACUGACUGUGUUCAGGCUGGAUCUACACUGAGGGACUGUGUAUUAUCAGAUUCCUCUUCCUCCAUGGUGGAGCUCACCUGCUCAGACUCUGUCAGGCUGGUGAAUGGGACUAGUCUGUGUUCAGGCAGACUGGAGGUGAAGUCUGAGCAGUCGUGGUCCUCAGUGUGUGAAGCUGACUUUGACCAGCAGGAUGCAGAGGUGGUCUGUAGGGAGCUUGACUGUGGGGCUCCUUCAGUCCUCCAGGGGGCGCUCUAUGGAGAAGUGGAGGCUCCAAUGUGGACCAACGAGUUCCAGUGUGGAGGCAAUGAGUCUGCUCUCCUGGACUGUAGAAGAUCAGACUCAGCUAGAAGAACCUGCUCACCUGGUAAAGCUGUUGGACUCACCUGCUCAGAGACUGUCAGGUUGGUGGGAGGAGCCAGUCGCUGUGCAGGUACACUGGAGGUGAAACAGGGAGUGUGGAGACCAGUGAGUGACAAUGACUGGACCCUGAAGGAAGCAGCUGUUGCCUGCGGAGAAUUGGACUGUGGCUCUGCUGUUUCAACAGGAAGCAGAAAGGAGUCCUCACAUAGACCUGUAUGGACGAUCCGACCUAACUGUCUUCAGUCUGGAUCUACACUGAGGGACUGUGUAUCAUCAGAUUCCUCUUCCUCCAUGGUGGUGGAGCUCACCUGCUCAGACUCUGUCAGGCUGGUGAAUGGGACUAGUCUGUGUUCAGGCAGACUGGAGGUGAAGUCUGAGCAGUCGUGGUCCUCAGUGUGUGAAGCUGACUUUGACCAGCAGGAUGCAGAGGUGGUCUGUAGGGAGCUUGGCUGUGGGACUCCUUCAGUCCUCCAGGGGGCGCUCUAUGGAGAAGUGGAGGCUCCAAUGUGGACCAAAGAGUUCCAGUGUGGAGGCAACGAGUCUGCUCUCCUGGACUGUAGAAGAUCAGACUCGGCUAGAAGAACCUGCUCACCUGGUAAAGCUGUUGGACUCACCUGCUCAGGGCCUGUCAGGUUGGUGGGAGGAGCCAGUCGCUGUGCAGGUACACUGGAGGUGAAACGGGGAGAGUGGAGACCAGUGAGAUACUAUGACUGGACCCUGAAGGAAGCAGCUGUUGUCUGCAGAGAAUUGGACUGUGGCUCUGCUGUUUCAACAGGAAGCAGAUAUGAGUCCUUAGACAGACCUGUAUUGAGGAUCAGACGUGACUGUCUUCGGUCUGGAUCUGCACUGAGGGACUGUGUAUCAUCACCAGGUUCCUCUUCCUUCAUCGUGGAGCUCACCUGCUCAGACCUGCUGCUUCAGCCAAUCAUCUCUGUGUCUCCUACCUUGUACGGGGUCUCCGGGGCCCAGCAGCAGGGGUUUCAGGUUCUCCAGGGCUCCAGCAUCAUCAUCCGCUGCUCCGUCCAGCCUCAGUACCCAGGAGGCUCCUUCCAUCUCACCUUCAGCUCCUCCAACACAACAUACAACUACACCCAGCCAGCUGUCAAUCACUCUGCUGACUUCCUGUUUCUUGCUGCAGACCCCGCCCACCAAGGAAACUACAGCUGUGUUUAUGGCGUCUAUGUUUUUUCUCAUAACUUCUCCUCUGAGAGCCGUCUGCUCUCUCUCACUGUCAAAGUGUUGGAGACCAGAAUGAACGCCAUUGAAAACGCGGUGGAGGAGCUCAAGAUACAGAGUGCAGAUAUGAUGACCAGAUUGAAAAUCUGUGAAAAUGAGGUGGAGGAGCUCAAGAGACAGAAUGCAGACCAACCAAAGGUGGCGUUCUCUCUUGGUCUCACUGACGACAGACUAAUUGGGCCCUUCAAUACUGACAUCACACUUAAAUUCAGUAAAGUCAUCACCAACUUUGGUCGGGUCUACAGUCCAACUACAGGUGUCUUCACAGCCCCAGUCAGAGGAGCCUACUACUUCUCAUUCAAUAUACUGGAUACCCGGAGUAACACAUGGAGGGAUGUUUAUCUCUAUCACAAUAACAAGAGAGUGUUGACCAGUCAUAAUUACAGUGUACAUAGCGGGGAAAGUGUUUCUAAUUCACUGGUUCUUCAGCUGGAAAAGGGGGAUGUGGUCUACCUGGUUUUAGCUGCUGGCCAUACUGUAUACGAUGAUGGUAAUGAUCAUACUUUCUUUAAUGGAUUUCUGCUUUUUCCACUGUGAGACUCAAACAUGAGAAUUGGUUUACCCCCAAAUGUUUGGCAUAGUGUAUAAACAAGUCAUACAGUAUUCAUGUGUAUAUGAAAGGAUGCACAUUGUUGCUGUGUUGACUUUGCUCUGCAACAAACUACAUAUGAAAUAAAAGAAUGAAUACGAGGUUAAAGUGCUAUCUCUGACUUUAAUUUGUAUUAUCACCAUUACCAUUAACUAAAAAUAAUAUAAAUAGUAGCACACAAAGGUCCUGAUUUACUAAUAUGUGGAUCAGAUGAACAGAUGAACAGAUAAAUGAGUUUCUAUAGCUGCUGUUUCUAAUCUGAUAAACACAUUUUAAACAGUGUUGGAAUAAUUGUACAUCAGUUAUCUCAUAUUUACCUUUUCUAUAUUGCAACUAAUCAUUCCUAUUAUAAUGCAUAAGUGAUUAUUUCUAUCAGAAAUGUAUAAGUGCGUACGUGCCAGAAGCCAGGAUGACUUGCAGAAAUGCUUGAGCUGUUGUUGUUGUUCAAGUAGCGGAAGUCUCGCUCAAGAACUGCGCUCGACCUCGAGAGAAAGAAGAACCAACCAUACGAAGAGGUUUCUUGCGAAGAGCAAGAUAACAUGUGCAAGGAAGUUGAUAUGCUAAUAUUCAAAGGUGUUAGUCUUGAUCACGUUGUUGCUAUGUGACCCCCAUCCUUUAGAGCAAACAACGAUUAUGUAACCAAGGGAUUUCCUGAAUGAAAUAAAUAGAGAGGGUUCGGAAGGAGAUGUGUACUGAGCAUAUCUGUCCGUGUCUCCUUGCAAGUAAA